UCAUCCUUCCAUGGAAGAAGUGAUAUCAUCGCUGUCACGACUGAAGUUAUGAGGACACCUCCAAACCCGAGUAAGGCGACCAGCGUACCUGCCGCUUUUAUCGCGCGUGCCGCGCCAUUCGCUGCACUGGCAGCGACUGUAGGCGCCUUCUGCGUGCUGCUCUACUUCGUCCUGGCCGACCACCGCCAGAAGAGGUCGUUGUGCUGCUCGGACGUCGCAAGGACACUACUGUCCUUCUGCAACCGAAGCGUCGACCCGUGCUCAGACUUCGCGGCCUUCGCCUGCUACCACGGCAAAACACUCGACGAACGGCCGCUGGGCAGGAACGCGGUCAAGCUCUCGGUCAUUUACCCGACAAUGCAGGGCCGUCUCCGCAAUCCCGCUGCCGAUUCCUUGCGCAGUCACCACAGGAGCUGCCUGGUAGCCUUCAUGGAACACGAGCUGACUCCCGAGAAGGCUGCGAUCGGCGUGCUUUCCGUGUUUCAAGGGUGGGCGCCUGGCAGCCGCCAGCUGGACUUGCUCAAGGUACUCGGGCUGCUAUUCCUGCGGUACGACGUGGCCGUGGUACUGUCGGCGCGUUUCUCGUUCGAAGACACCACGCAAAGAGGCGCCACCGGUCGCUACAGCCUCAGGAUCUCUCCCACCGUAGCGCCACGGGUGUUGGAUUCCUCCAACUCCGAGCACGUGGAGACCAGAAUGCUCGCGUCCAUCCAAUCACACUUGCUGCAACAAACAGCGGCUGCAGGCAAACCAACCGUCGCAGUGGACCUCCGCGGCGACGUCCUAAAGGCGAGCAUUCGGCUUCGGGACUCUGUACAGAGCUCAGGCGACACCGUACUCGAGGAAGACGCGAGCCUCCUUCAACAGCGGUUUCCGCACUUCGACCUGAGCUCGUGGCGUGAGAUAAUCCUCGAGUGCUGCGUUUCAUGCAAACUGAAAAUCCAAAGCCUCUCCUCCAUGCGGAAUGUGCUAAACGUCCUAACAGAUGGCGCGACGAGGCAUGAGGCACUCGUCGCCUAUUUUGUGGUAUCGGCGGCUAUUUCUACGUUCUCCGAGGAGAUUGCGCGGGCCGACACCGCCGGAGGAUUGACUUGGCGCGCCGCCUUCUGCGACGAGGCGGUGCUCAGAGCUGCGCCCCUGUGGCUCGUGUCUUCAACGAGCGUCCUCACUUCCGACGAAAAGGACACGGUGGUGCGAACGAUGUACGCCGCCACAUUGGAUGCCGUUGCCUCCGACGCAGAUGCUCUGUUCGGCGACGCUUCGGACGCAAGAAAGGCGCGCCAAGUACUCGCCGAACAUAAACUGCUACUGCCGCAAGACAUCGCCCGAGAGUACGCUCCGUUUGCGCCCAACCUGAGUGGUCGCUAUGUCGAGAACAAGUUCGCGCUCCGCGGAUUCCUGUACAGGGCCCGCAUCCUGGAUGCCAAGCAUGGUGUCAAUGGUGUCUCCGCGAACCACGCGAACGAUCUUGAGGGCAUCGCAUCCCGCGUCGGAAACGUAGUGAUCGUCGCGCCCGGGGCCUACUCGAUGCUGUGCGUCCAGAACGGCGGUGGCGAUGGCCGUCCCUGCGAGCUCAACGCGGCCACGCUGGGUGUCACCCUGGCCGACCUCUUGUGGGCCGCCCUGUUCGAGCGACGCGACUGGUCUGCAGCACUCCAGCGGCGCAUAGACGAGCACCGGUCUUGCCACAGCCCCAGCCCACGUGCCAGCACCCACGGAGGCUCUGGUUUCGGCGAUCUGUCUUUACCGCUCCUCUCGGUUCGGUCGGCCGUGAGGGUUGCCGCGCAUGCGGACUGGCACACCCAGUCGCUGGCUCUGGUCAGCGAGUGGAAUCUGUCGCCGAGCCAGGUGUUCUUCGUGCUGGUCUUCCUGACCCGAGCGUGCGUCGGCUGGUCCGGUGGUACUCAGGACGACGCCGACUCGUCUUCGUCGCGGGCCGCGCCUCUCGUGCGCCAGAUGGCGGACUUCAGUGCAGCCUUUCGAUGUGGGCCCGUUCCCGUUUUCAGUAUCGGACGUUGCCCGUGAAUAUUCUUGAAGUUUGCAAAAUGCGGCGCAGGCAACAAUAGAAACGGACAGCAUGGUGUUCAACAUCUUUCGGUUAACCUUUGUUACAAAGUGAAAUGGCACGGUAUGUUUGGAGACAUUCGAUAUUACAACUCUCCCUUUGAUAUAUAUAUAUAUAUAUAUAUUUACUGUACUCUGACGAAGGCUGGUCCACCAGCCUAAAACGUUAAGUAAAAGAAG